CAGACAUUGAACGGCCGAUUGCGUUACCAACUUUCAUCCCACUCAACGAAUUAUCGAAGAAUAGGUACAGCAUCAGUCGACCGUCAAGAUGCGUACCUACGACGAUACCUUCAGCGCCACCAAGAUCUACCCUGGCAAGGGUAAGCUCUACGUCCGCGGCGACAGCAAGAUCUUCCGAUUCCAGAAUGGCAAGACCGAGUCCCUUUUCUUGCAGCGCAAGAACCCAAGAAGAAUAGCCUGGACCAUGCUCUACCGACGAAUGCACAAGAAGGGUAUCUCAGAGGAAGUCGCCAAAAAACGCACCCGCCGCACAGUAAAACACCAGCGAGCCAUCGUCGGCGCUUCUCUCGACGUGAUCAAGGAACGCCGCGCACAACGCCCGGAGGCCCGCGCCGCAGCUCGUCAAGCAGCGAUUAAGGACGCCAAGGAGAAGAAGGCUGCCAGCGAAAGCAAGAAGAAGGCCGAGAAGGCGAAGAGCGCGGCGAACGCGGCGAGAGGCCAGAUCACCAGCAAGCAGGGCGCUAAGGGAGCACCAAGCAAGGUGCAAGCAAAGAGCCGAUAGAUGUUUUCGGUGGAUCGGCGGAUGGCGGAGACGGAGGAUUGAAAGGGAUUGGCAAAGUCAUUUCUUCGACAAGGAUGAAGGCAGACACCCUGGCAAAUGGCUGGUGGGACCUUCGCAGUCAGUUCGAUGGCGUCAAUUGAAAUGGGCUCACACGAAAGUUGACGAGAUAAAAAGUGCUCUCAAUAGAGAAGCGCCUGCUGCUCGUCUUGCUGCAAGGCACCCACAUUGUCGGUGCGGCUCGGUGAGAUGAGUGCUUCAAAAACAGGACAGGAAUUGACAAGUCCAAAUCAUCACUGUUUCAGGCCCGCUUGUUGCUCUUCACGAGUCCCGCUCAAUAUGGGCAUUUCUGAUUUGUGACAAUGAUUCCCUUUCCACUGUGAAAUCG